AUACGGUAUGUACAACUCGAAUCGUACGUGAUCGUGAAACAAGAAUAUGAGCGUCAAUUUGCUACGGACCUAAAAUAGUUUUCUGGAGUUUUGACAUGGUGUAUUAGAGCUCGUAUGGAUGCCCCAGAAUCCCAAGUCAACAACUAGGAAAUUUCUUUCAUAUGUCGCUGAGCUUGAGAGUGAGAAGCCUGUUUUAUAGCCAUAGCUAGGUAGACCUGGAAAUCAACUGUAAGCAUGGCUAACCAAGAUUCAAGCUUCACAGAUUCCAGUUUUGAUACAAGUUUCCCAGAUGAUUCUAGUGUGAGGAGUAGUCUAUCAAGACAGAACAGUGUUACCGGAAUGUCAGAUGAUGACGAUGAGGCAGAGGCAUAUAAGAGCUACAAAGACAGAAGAAGGAAUGCUCAUACUGCCGCUGAGCAGAAAAGAAGAGAUGCCAUCAAGAAAGGAUAUGAAGACCUGCAGCUGAUCGUUCCUACGUGCCAACAGCCUGAUCAAGUUGGAUCACAGAAACUCAGUAAAGCUACCGUCCUGCAGAGAUCCAUCGAUUACAUCCAGUAUCUGAUUCAACAGAAGAAGAAGCAGGAAGAUGAAUUGGAGGCUCUCAGGAAAGAAGUCAUGGCACUCAAAAUUAUGAAAGCUAACUAUGAGCAGAUUGUCAAGGCGCAUCAGAACACACCAGGCCGUGGUCAGAACCAGGUGUCAGACCAAGUCAAGUUCAGUGUGUUUAAAGCGAUCAUGGAUGCCCAGUUCCAGACCUUCAAUGCCUCUAUAUCUGUCGCUAGUUUUGCAGAGCUUUCGGCAUGUGUAUUCAGCUGGCUAGAGGAGUACUGCAAGCCUCAGACACUCCGAGAACUGGUUGCUGAAGUCUUGAGGAAAGCAGGUCAGAAUCAACUAUACUGAACUGCAGGGAUUCCAUAAACAAUGCAAA